AUGGGAUUUCUCUCGUCGGGGCACACUGUUGUCAGUAUUGUGGAUUUCGGUGAAGGCUGGCAGCUCCCUGAGAUUUGCAGCAUCGUAGAAGUGAGUGAGAGCAUGUUCCGGACGGAGGCCGCACACAAGAAGGUGAUGUUCGAACCGCACAGCGCGCAGCUCGGGCUCCACAGUGCUCUGUUGUCGGCUUCUGGAGGCAAUGCCGAUGCUAGGCAACCGUGCCCUAAGAUUGCAGCGCCGGCCUCAACACGAGGCGGGCUCCAUGGCAGCUCGUUGCGCCGCCGGCCCGCAGCACCGCGCAAGGCGAAAUUGGCGGCAUUGGCCGACAAGCUUUACUCUGUGCUGCAGUGGGCACUGGCAAGAGGUGGUUUCAGCCUGGCUUCCGCUUCCCGAGUUGGGCCAGACAGCGUACCCGCAGGACCUUCCUCGAGCACUUUGGCGAGUACUCGUGUGUCUCCUACGGACAAAGGCAAGGCCUACAAGGAGUACCUCAAGGAGCGCACGCAGUGGAAGCUUUCCCCGAGGACGACGGCCGUGCCACCCAAGGUCGCCCAGAAGGUCAGGGACAUUGCCCGCGAGAACCUCGAGCGGGAAACCAGCAGGAUUAGCUAUACCUUCGAAUCAUGGCGGACCAGAGCAGUGCAGGCAAAGCUGGACAUGCAGGGCGGCAGCUUCCUGGAAUACGACCGGGCGAUGGAGACGGUGGCUGUGCUCGAGCAGAACGUGGACGAGAUGGACCCAGCACUGAGGACGCAGACGGCGGCAGUGCUGGCCGAGUUCAUUACUUCCCAACGCCGGAGACGCGCCGGGACUGAGAUGUACCGGGCGUGUCCUGAAGUUUUCGGCCGGUGGUUGGCAAAUCCGAGCGCAUUCCUGGAGGACUUUGUUGUUGUCCAGGCAACCGAGCUGUAUGUGAACGCCGAGUUUGCCGAGGAGGUGCCCAAGGAGAACCAGGACGUCGUGAUCAAGGGCAUCCAGGCAUUCAUCGCAGACAUUGGCUCGGAUGUGCACGAGCAGCUCAACCUGCAGCCCGCCAGCGGCUCGGAUAGCAAGUGCUGGCACAGUUGGGAAAAGACGCGCCCAAAGGUGCUGAACUUGGAGCCCAAGGCAGGCGCAGAGGCGAUGGAGCUGGCAUGCCGAUUGGCCAGGGCCCAGUGGUGCCAAGGAGGUGCGUUCACGUUGAAGGUCAGGUGCAAACUGGAACUGGAGGAGGUUUUCGGUCCCGUUGCUCGAGUGCCCACUAAGUCCGAAAAGGAGGCAAUGGACAGGCUUCGCAGGAACUUGGGCCAUCCAUCGGCCCGGGAUCUGGCACGGGCUCUGGCGGUCUCACGAGCACCUGCCCAUCUGAUCAAGUUCGCGAAGGAGGACUACCGAUGUGCCAGUUGUGAGGCCCACAAGGCUCCGAAGUGGAAUCGCCCCACCACAGUUCCGAGGUCCUACGCCCCCAACGUAGUGGUGGGCCUGGAUCUUAUGCAGAUCCCCAACCACGACGGCACGCAGGCCCUGUGGAUGCUCAACAUGGUGUGUAUGGGCACCAGCUUCCAGCUAGUGGAACGCAAGGAGUAA